AUGCCUUAUCCUGCAGUCAGUGUGUACUGUAAUGUUCUUAUCCAACUUAGACGAGAGAGCCCCAGAAAUAAAGUCAUCUUCAGAAAGCCCUCAGGACUGAUCCUUCUCCUUGGCUCCCCACAGGACAUUACGAAGCCCUCAGAGGCAGCACGUCGCUGCUCCGGCCUGGCUCGGCGGGUGUUCACGAUUACAUUCGCACUGCUCAUCCUGGGCCUCAUGACCUGGGCCUACGCCGCCGGCGUCCCUCUAGCCUCGGAUCACUACGGCCUCCUGGCCUUCGGCCUCUACGGGGCCUUCCUCAGCGCGCAUUUGGUGGCGCAGAGCCUUUUCGCUUACCUGGAGCACCGGAGGGUGGCAGCGGCGGCGCGGCGCGCCUCAGAGAAGGGACUCCCGGAUGAGGCCACCGCACGCAGCGUGGCGCUCACCAUCUCUGCCUACCAGGAGGACCCCGCGUACCUGCGCCAGUGCCUGACCUCGGCGCGGGCUCUGCUGUACCCGCGCGCGCGGCUGCGCGUCCUCAUGGUGGUGGACGGCAACCGCGAGGAGGAUCUGUACAUGGUAGACAUGUUCCGAGAAGUCUUCGCCGAUGAGGACCCCGCCACCUACGUGUGGGACGGCAACUAUCAUCAGCCCUGGGAACCGGCAGAGGGGGCGGGUGCAAUGGGUGCCGGUGCCUACCGCGAAGUGGAGGCGGAGGACCCCGGGCGGCUGGCGGUGGAGGCUUUGGUGAGGACGCGCAGAUGCGUUUGCGUGGCGCAGCGCUGGGGCGGCAAGCGCGAGGUCAUGUACACGGCCUUCAAGGCUCUGGGAGACUCCGUGGACUACGUGCAGGUCUGUGACUCAGACACAAGGCUAGACCCCAUGGCACUGCUGGAGCUUGUGAGAGUGCUGGAUGCAGAUCCCCGGGUAGGGGCUGUUGGGGGUGAUGUGCGGAUCCUUAACCCUCUGGAUUCCUGGGUCAGCUUCUUGAGCAGCCUGCGAUACUGGGUAGCCUUCAAUGUGGAGAGAGCUUGUCAGAGCUACUUCCACUGUGUGUCCUGCAUCAGUGGUCCUCUGGGCCUGUACAGGAACAAUCUCCUGCAGCAGUUCCUGGAAGCCUGGUACAACCAGAAGUUCCUGGGCACCCACUGCACUUUCGGGGAUGACAGGCACCUCACCAACCGCAUGCUCAGCAUGGGUUACGCUACCAAGUACACUUCGCGCUCCAGAUGCUACUCAGAGACGCCCUCCUCCUUCCUGCGCUGGCUGAGUCAACAGACCCGCUGGUCCAAGUCUUAUUUCCGCGAGUGGCUAUACAACGCCUUAUGGUGGCACCGCCACCAUGCGUGGAUGACCUAUGAAGCAGUGGUCUCCGGCCUCUUCCCUUUCUUCGUGGCUGCCACAGUGCUGCGGCUCUUCUAUGCUGGGCGUCCAUGGGCCCUGCUCUGGGUGCUGUUGUGCGUACAGGGCGUUGCGCUGGCUAAGGCGGCCUUUGCAGCCUGGCUGCGAGGCUGCCUGCGCAUGGUGCUGCUGUCACUCUACGCACCACUCUACAUGUGUGGCCUGCUGCCCGCCAAGUUCCUGGCACUGGUCACCAUGAAUCAGAGUGGCUGGGGCACCUCAGGCAGGAAGAAGCUGGCUGCUAACUAUGUCCCGGUGCUACCCCUAGCACUCUGGGCUCUGUUACUGCUUGGAGGCCUGAUCCGCAGUGUGGCCCAGGAAGCUCAGGCCGACUGGAGUGGCCCAUCCCGGGCAGCCGAGGCCUACCACCUCGCUGCUGGAGCAGGUGCCUAUGUGGCCUACUGGGUGGUAAUGCUGACUCUCUAUUGGGUGGUUGUGCGGAGGCUCUGCAGGCGUCGCAGCGGUGGCUACCAUGUUCAGGUGUGAAUCUGGUGAUGGACAUGCUCACAGAGGACUGUGGGGGGAGCAAGAGGAGUCCUGCAGGGUAGCUGCAGGAGCCAUGAAGUCCAUGGGGACUCCCUGGCCUCAGUUUCCCUUCUUGAAGUGAGAGUGUCAUCCAAGAUUCUUGGAAUGCAUUCUUGGAAUACAUUCAAUGAACUGUAUUGGACCUCAAGACUUCUGGGUCUCGGGGGAGGGGUAAUUUAUUGAUCAGGGUGUGGGUUUGUAGGACCAGGACCAGAAGGUCCCUGCAUUCUUUCUGUUUUUAUUUAAUGUGUUUGUACUGUGAUUAAGAUAUAAUAAAUUUUUUAUUUAUUUUCUUCCAAGAAA